AUGAAGUUUCUUGAGAUUGAAGAUCCUUGUGAGGUGCUGCCGAUUAGCUGUCGGUUGCUGCAGCUCUUCGGUCUCGGACGGGGUGACAAGUUCAAGUGGUUCUUUUGGAUUCAAUGUGCGUUCUACGUUCCAUUUAAUAUCGUUACCAGAUUUAUGGCGGACUUCGAUACGACGAUCGCACUGUUCCGUAAUGGCUCGGAGAUACUUUUCGUAGCAUUGAUGUUCUCCCAGAUUAUAGCUUUCUUCUACAAUCUAGAUAUUCGUCACAAUUUGGUACACUACACGAUCUACAUCAUCGCCAUCGGAAUGCUUGCUAUCACUGGUUCCUUAUCUUUGUGCACCAAGGAUGUAGUGGACUUUGGGACCAUCAGAACCACUGCGCUGAUGUUUGAGAUGCUCGCUAUGCAAAUACGGGAGCUUCCCCGACAAAUCACUCAGCACCAUCUUAAAACCAUCAUCGAUUCACAUCAGACCGUUCUGCAAUGUUUCAGAAAGCUGCAACAAUCGCUCAGCCUUGCUUUGCUCAUCCAGCUAGCCUUCUUCAGUGCAGUCUGGUGUUUCAUACUGGUCUACAUUCUGUUGAUGGGUCUGAAUACCGAAGUGCUCAAUCUCUGUAUCUACCUGAUAAUCAUCACGGUUGAAACAUACAGCUAUUGUUCACUGUGUACUGAGCUCAGCACUAAGGGGAAUGAGAUUUUAUUGGCACUGCAGGAGCUUCCUUGGUAUGAGCAACCAGUGAAGAUCCAACAACAAAUCCUUCUGAUGAUCAGACGCUCGCAAGUGUCUACCGUACUAACAGCAGGGAAGCUCGUCUCCGUCAACAUAGCCCUCUUCAGCUCGAUGAUACAAAAGACCUACUCCUUGUACCUGAUUAUGAAGGACAUCUUUUAA